CCGAUCAAACUACAAACGACUCUAGACAUUACGACCGUCCCCAUAUGAAAGAUGUUUUCUUCAUAUGUUUCCCGAAACCAGAGACUCAAAGGUCGGACGUCCGAAAGACCAGUUUAACGCCAGCAAGGUGAAGUUAUUCACCGACAAAUGACAAUCCCGACCCAUUGCCUGCCACAACGUCCCCCAAAGAGGUGGAUGCAACAACAACAAAGCAAGCUUUGUUGGAGAGUCUUUCAACACAUUAAAAAAGGUCAACUCCUCAUGGGGCCGACUGAGGAGGCAAACAGCAGUGAGGUUGCGGUGGCAGGGAGAGCCAGAGCCAGGUGUAAGGAGGAGGUUCUGUCUGAGGCCACUGCCUCUGUGAGACUGAAUGGAGGGGAUCCAGUUUGGUAAACACCAGGGCCAGAGGUUCCGGUGGCUGCUGGAGAACUCAGUGGGGUAUGCAGUGUAUCAGGUGUGCUGCAUUAUGGAGGAAGAGGAGAGUGUCAACCCGCUGUCAGCCAGUAAGCACCUCUUCCUCAGCUACACCUCUCAGAUCAGGGAGGUGGAGGAGGCUGUGGAGUUGUACCACAAAAAAAACAGGGCAGGUCCAUGAAGGAGGUGUAUGAAGACCCAAGCAAGGAGGCUCAAGACUCUCAUCACCUACCUGAAGAGGCAAAGGCCAGGCCCAACGCCAACAUGGCCCUCUUCCAGGCAUAAAAGGUGUCCUGUUUUGAACAACAGCUGUAGAGCCACGUUACCCAUCUCCGUUUCACCGCGCAGCCCGAAGACCGCUCUUUACCUGUGGUAGAGCUGCUGUGGAAUUUUUUGAGGAGGGAGAUGACCAGGAGAUGGUGAUCGCGGCAAUUUUUUGUGCUAUGUACGACAUACUCAGCGUAUAGGUGAGUCAAAACCUGAUUGUGUGAACAUUUACGAACCGAUGUUGUUUUAAAGGUUGAAGCAACAACAAAGCAAGCUUUGUUAUAGAAUCUUUACGCUUUAAAAGGUAAGGUGUUGAACAGAGCCGUAGAAAGAGAGUCGCGACACUCUGGUAUGUGUGUGUACAUAUUCCUUAUUUUAUAGACUGUUUGACCUGAAAUGCAAAGAAAUCACGUUUAGCAAAUAUUUUCCGCUUAAGUCAAAUUUUGAAUAUAGCCUCUGAUUUUAGCAAAACCAAACAUGUACCUUUUUAGAGGCAUUUUUCAUUUAGUUUGGACCCAAGCAACACAAACAAAAUGAUUACAAGACAAGAACGAAGUUGUAAUAUUUUCUGUAACAUGGUGUAAUGUAUAACAAUAACUUAAUUUUUUUUUGAACAAUUGGUGAAAUUGGUGUUGUGGUUCAUUGUUUACACCUAACAUUUUAUAGAUCAGUGGCCUGCGAUGGUUGGUUGUGCAAAAUGGUUUCCCCAAAGAACAAGAGCAGCAGAAAAAAUGGAUGGCAAUGGUCAGCCGUCAAAACAUGAAAUAAAAGGCUUUUUUUAAUGUUUUUUGCUAUUUGAAAAUGGGCUACGUGCCCACAGCCAGCAGGCACCAGCAGCAGUCACCAGCAGAAAUAGAUCAUGAAAAUGUGGCCUAAAAAAAACAACAUUAAAUUAGUUUUUUAUUAUAAAUUUGUGUUUAUUGUUUGUUGACAUCACUUUUCAAUCUAUAUACAGAUUUCUAAAAUAUAAUAGUGUCAAACAUUUUGGUGAAAAGAAUACAGGUUGUCAUGAAUUGACUUAGUACUCUUCCAUGAGGGCGAUACCAGCCAUUUGUAUGAAUGCAGUCCGUCCUCGUAGAAGCCAUGUUUGGAACUACCCGAGGCUCCACUUCCCGGAAAACCCGGAAGUAAAAUCGUAUAAUGGAUCCCUAUGGGAGUGUUGCGACUCUUUAUACGGCUUUGGUCUUGAAGUUUCACUUAAUUUUUGAUUAUUAAGUUAGUGGUUAGUGUCUUGUUGGACUAUUGAAAUUUAAAAGUAGCUUUCGAAGCAGUAAGAAAUUCACAAAUACAUGUGUAUACGUAUAUUGACAUGAAAAAAAGAAUGGAGAAUGUGGGCAUCGAUCCUCCUACCUCUCGCUCUGCUGCACUCUGCUGGUCGAGCAAAGUAAGCCCAAAAUAAGGGCAAAAAUAAGCCAAUCAGCGCAGAGCUGCGCAAAAGGAAGCCCAAAAAGGAAGCCAACUGACCUAUCAGUGCAGACCUCAUCUGUUAGCUGCUGCACUCUGCUGUUAGCGCAAAGUAAGCCAAUCAACGCAGACCUGAUGGUAAAGUAAGCCCAAAAAGUAAGCCAACUGACCUAUCAGCGCAGGCCUCAUGGUUUCUGUUGAGCCAAUCGCGGCCUGAGCUGAUGGGCUUAUUUUUUGGCCAUUGUGUCAUCGCUUCAUCGCAAAUUGUCAUAACUGCUUUAGUUAACGGUAAGUUAAAAAAUAUUUUUCUCUGUUAACAGAUAAAUGUGUAAUGCGUACUGUUAUACUCGUUCAGUAGAAAUACUGAAUCUCAUAUCUAUAACGUACAUCUCCGUUUGGUUCAGAGCACCAAACGGUUUAGCUAACAUAGGCGAUCAUAAUGCGUUUAUUUAAACCUUUGCUUUACGGAGAUUCUCCCCCGCUGAAUACAGUAAGUACAUUGAUCACAGUACCGUCAUUUUAUUUAUUAUCAUCAAUGCUAUAUUGUGUGUAUAUUGUGAAGAGAUAGGCUUCAGCUCAAGCUCCAGCACAUGUCCCCACUACUGCUGCCUCUGCUGCUCCACCUGCUGCCACAGCUGGCUGCCACUGUGAAGGCCCUGUUGGCUCGUGGGACACAUCUGUCUGCAUCACAACUGGCACAGAAGCUAAUGUGUCCAGCCAAACUCUUUAAGUAUUCAGAUGCAGAGCCACGUUACCCAUCUUGGUCUCAGCGUGCAGACGGAAGACAGCUCUCUACCUGCGGGCCACAAAAGCAACGGACGUUCACUUCUGCUUUGAGAAGGAGAGAGAAAGAAAAAAAGGGGGGGACAAAAAAUGAGGAAGCGUCUUCAUAAAGACCCCGAAAAUGGCAAGAAGGUCUCAUUGUCUGGUGGGUUUUCGGGCCUGGAUUUGAGCAGAACAAGGAGGAAAGAAUCUCCAUGAGAGUUGAGUUUGUCGUAGUUUCGCUUUAUUGGCAUGACAAUGACACCAAAGGAACUCAAACGGUGUUUUUGCCCUCAUCGGAAGUUGUGCCUCAGUGGCCCACAAUGAACACAAACGCUUUCAACUGGAAUUGCAGAUCAGAAUAUUGACAUUGUUUUGUGUUGCUCUAUUUUCCAAGUAUUUCUUUGUUAUCUCCCUGACUAUUCAAUGGAAGUAUGCUAUCAGCUACCGGUGUUGCCUCUGGACAGGCCGGUUCCGAAGCACGUCCUGAGCCGCAGGGGAGCCAUCAGUUUCAGCUCCAGCUCGUCGCUCUUUGGGGCUCCAGAUCCAAGGCAGCUUUCGCAGAGACGCGGAGCCAUAUCCUACGACAGCUCGGACCAGACGGCGCUGUAUAUUCGUAUGCUAGGAGAUGUGAGAGUGAGAAGUCAGGUCGGAUUUGAACCAGAACGCCGAAGCUCCCAUCCGUAUCUGUGCAUCGACUUCCGAAACCUUCACACACGCCUCGGCGGUGGAUCGGAGACGACUGUGAGCUCUGCACCCGAGAGAAGGGUGCGCCGGUUGCUUAGUCUUCAGAGGUUCCUGCACUCGUCUCGCUUGUUGCGGGGUCUCGCCCAGCACAACCCUCUACCUAUUCUAGAUGAGGACUACUCUGGACAGGCCCGCUGCAUGCUGGAGAAAGUGGGCAACUGGAAUUUUGAUAUUUUCCUCUUCGACAGGUUGACAAAUGGAAACAGCCUGAUUACGCUAACGUUCCACUUACUGGACCAGUAUGGCUUAGUAGAGCUGUUCCGUUUGGAUGUGGUCCGGCUGUGGCGCUUCCUGGUCCUGGUCCAGGAUGACUACCACGCCCACAACCCUUACCACAAUGCCGUGCACGCCGCCGACGUCACACAGGCCAUGUACUGCUACCUGCGUGAGCCUGCGCUAUCCAAAUCCCUGACGUCAUACGACAUCCUACUGGGCCUUCUGGCCGCCGCCACUCACGAUCUGGACCACCCUGGAGUCAACCAGCCCUUCCUCAUUAAGACUGACCACUAUCUGGCUUCGCUCUACAAGAAUACCUCAGUUCUGGAAAAUCACCACUGGAAGUCUGCCGUGGGUCUGAUCAGAGAGACUGGCCUCUUUACCCACCUGCCCGCCGAAGACAGCAUGAGCCUGGAGCGGGAUUUGGGCUCUUUGAUCCUGGCCACGGACAUAAGCAGGCAGAACGACUACCUGUCCAAGUUCCGUCUGCACUUGGAUCAGAACAACCUGUGCUUGAGUAACGCCAGCCAUAGACACUUUGUGCUACAGAUGGCCCUGAAGUGCGCCGACAUCUGUAACCCAUGCAGGCCGUGGGAGCUCAGCAAACAGUGGAGUGACAAAGUCACUGAAGAGUUCUUCCAACAAGGUGACGUUGAGAAGAAGCACAACCUAGAAAUCAGCCCACUUUGUGACCGAGCCAAUAACACAGUGGGCAAAAUUCAAAUAGGCUUCAUGACGUAUGUGGCGGAGCCCCUGUUUGCCGAGUGGUCCCGUUUCUCGGACACUCGUUUGUCUCAGACCAUGCUAGGUCACAUGGGCCUCAACAAAGCCAGCUGGGGAAGCCAAGAACAAAGCCCAAGUCCAGACCCGCCUCCGCCGCCACUAGCGCAAGCCUCUCCAAAGAAAAACCUCAGGGAAGGAGAGUAUCCUGACGCCUCUUGACACAAAAAGACACCCACACACACUGGGGGGAGCGCCUUGAUCCCAUUUGAUUUGUCUUCUCGCUAAACCACUGAUUUUAUUUAAUUUAUUUAAUUUCAAUCGUUUUUUUUUGUUUGGUUUUUUUUCGGACGUAGAGCAAUACGUAGAUACCUCAGUUGGCUCCUGCUGUAAUUUCCCUUAUUAUUUUCUUCUUUUUAAAAUUUUCUUUGUAUUUAUUUGUCGCUCCAAAAGACAUUUGAAGUGCCAUUUGAUGAUGAGUAUUCCCACGCGCGCUCGUGGGUCACGUUUGUAUUGAUUCUUCCAAAAAAAAAACAAAAAGUGACAAGCCCAGUCGUUUGCUGCCUCUUGACCAACCCUGACUGUUUACUACUUUUCAUCAUACGC